UACAUAUUAUUUAUUUGUUGUGGUUUUUGUUUUACUUGUUUCAAGAUUUUUCAUUAUUAGUAAAAUUCUUUGGCCGAACCGUUUAGUAUUUUGUCGAGCGAGUAAAGUAAAAGUCACACAAGAAAUUAGUAAAUCGUGCGUCCAAUCAAACCACUUUAAGUUAGCACCUAUUAAAAAUUACAAAAGUACAUAAUUACAAUUAUGCACAUCUUUUGAGUACGAAAUAAUGUUGAAUCGGAUCGUGAAAUGUUUUGUGAUAUUAGAAGACGCGCUUUAGCAAAAUUUAAUAAAAUGUUUAACUGAGCGUGAUUUUAACAACAAAGAAAUAAAUAUAAAAUUGUUUAAAUAAUUUCAUUAAUAUUCAAAAAUAAUUAAAUUAAAUGCCAGUGAUUAAACAUUAUAUAAUUAAAGAAUUAUAUCAAAAGUAAGAGUAACAGUAGAUUACAGAAAUGAGAGAGAAAAUUAGUUCUGCAAAUAUGAAUUCACCAUGUAAAUACAUAUAAAAACAAAACAAAAUAAAACCAAAUUGAAAACAUAAUAAAUUAAAAUACAAUGAAAAAGUAAACAAAAAAACAAAAUCGAAAUCGAAAUCAGUGAAUCAAUCCAUCAAUCAAUAACACAAUAAAUUGAAUCACAUAAUACAACAAUAUAAUAAAUAUUGUAACAAACAAGUGAAAUAGACUCGUAAAUCUGAAAUUUUAUUUUGUUUAUCGGGAAAGUGUUACAACGAUGCGCAAUUGUUUCACAAAAAUUACAAAUGUAUUUCGUAAAAAGCCAAUACAACAAAGUCAACCUGAACACAGUCGUUUGAAUGGAGAGGGAUUCUUGCAAACGCCACGACAUUUUGAGGGCGACGACGAUAAUGCCGAAUACAGAGCAACAUCAACAAUAAAAACAGCCACAACAACAACAACAAGAAUAGCAUGUGUUAUAGUAAACGAAUGUUCGGCUACGACCGAUUUUGAUAAGCAGCCGGGCAUUAAUAAUAACAACAAUGAUGAUGAUGAUGUAGAUGUAGAUAAUGAUAAUGGCUAUAAUCGAAAAAACGUAAUUGAACAUCGAAAGAUAAGCGGCAUUGUGGCAGAUAAACAACAGAAGGUCGUUAAUACGGCAAGCCAAACGACGCCAAGUCUAGGAAGUACUGCUACCGCUAACAAUGACACCCAAAAGCCAUAUAAUUUUCCUCCAAAAAGCCAAAACAACCAAAGGAAUUUCAAGACUAAUACCAUCGUAGAGCUCUCAGAAGCAAAUAAUAGUUUUAAAGAUAAAACCACAGUCAACCCAUUGCAGCAAGCGAACAGCCAAGGACUACAGGUCGCAACUAGAAAGAAUGAUGCGGAAACUGAUAGACUUAUUCAGCAAAUUGAAACCACAGCGGACCAAAAAAACUUGAUAGAACCAACUAACGACAUUCGGCUGCAACAGCAGCAACAAAGUAAAGAAACAAACUCACAAAUAUCUUGCACUGCUAGAGGAAAUAACAAUAAUAAUUCAGACGAAAGUAAUGAACAAAAAACGCACACUUAUAUUCAGGAAUACAAAUCAUUUGUCGAAGACAAUAGAAGGAGUUUUAUCAACAGUCCAUUGCCUCUGUCUCUGCCACGAGACAUUGAGUUGUUCGCCAGCGAAGAGAUACUCAAGCGACCAACAACGACUGGAAGGCAUAACAAUAACAAUAACAGCAACACUCGACCCUCAAUCGAAAGGGAAUUGUUGAAAUUACCAAAGGUUCUAUCACGACCACCAUCGCCACCCACUAACGCUGAAGCAACCAAUAUAUCAAUUGUAGUAAACAAUGAAGUUGCCGAAGCCAAGACUCCGGAGGAAAUUGAAUACGAUGCCAAAGUGGCUGCUGAACGUGAAGAUGUGAUGACGCCAUUGCCAACAGACACUCAAACAAAACACCUGCACCCACUUACCCUCGGACGAAAUGUUCAACCGGAAAUAGUGGAAGUAAUACGCAAUCUAGAUGCCAAUACAUUGCGCAUCAACAAUCUAACACUUGAUGACAAGGUCGAAUUGCUACAGCGUUAUGAAGGUAAACAUCAACAUCGUAGACACAUUCGCGGAAAUAACCAUGUCCGCUUAAUGCCAACAGAAGCAAACAUACAAAAAGUUCAACAGAGGCAGUCACUGCAGCAACACGAUGAUUCAUCCGACUCCGAUAUCGGCGACGUUGUCUUGCGUCGAAAAAAUCCACAUUCAAUUGGAAUCGACCAUUCCAAAUGUGGUUUAUAUGAACGACGUCUACCAAAAUGUCCCAAACUAAAAUUGAUUUUGGAAAACAAAAAUACAGAUGCCGUCAAUGAAAUAAAUCCAACAGUUUGCAAAAAAACUGAUAGUGAACAAGAGCGAAAUGUCUUUGAAAUAAAAUACCCCACCGUGUUACCGCCGAAUCCUAAUCUCAAGGCUCUUUUGGUCUUUCACAAAACUGAUAAUAUUUGCGAGGUGAUGCAGCAGGCAUGCAACCGUCAGCAUAUGGAAGUGACAUUAGUGAAGUCAAAAGAAAGUGCCAUGGAAAGUCUUUGCAGUGCCACAGAAUGUUUUCACAUCAUAAUCGUUGAUGCACGCUCCGCAAAACAUUUAGAUGCUGAACACAUUGCCAGAUCUAUUCGUCACAUGAGUGGCCAUCAUUUUACGACAAUAAUAGCUGUGGUUAAAAAGAGCAUUUCAGAAAGAGACGAUGUACUGAAUGCACUAUUAGACGCUGGCGUUAAUAGAUGCAUGGCUGAAAGCACAAAUUUGUCAAUGUGCACAAUGGAGUUAAAACAGACGCUUCACUCUAUAGUACGGCCACACAAUGUCAUAUCAACACAACAGGCUCUUUACACUGCACUACAUAGACUGAAAGAAGUUCUCAUUAUUACCGAUGAUCUCCUAAGAAUUCAGUAUGCCAACAGAUCUGCAGAAAGGCUGCUGAAUAUGCGAUUGGAUGAAAUUAUAAACAAGCCGCUGGCCGAAAUCUUUGUCUCGGAUGUUUCCUCUAUAAAUCACAACUCGGGCAAAGGUAUACGAGAAUUUGAUGGCAUACUGACAGUAAAAAGAAAAAAUCAGGAUGGCAUUCCAAUGCAUGUACGGGUGGUACCAGUUGCGUGUAUUGGCAGAACUCCUACACAUUUUGUUUUUAAUUUCGAUGUACCUGGUGGACAGACGGAUUUCAUAGCAACGCUACCACAACCAAAAGAAGCUCCUCGUGGUUCGCUUCACUCUAUACGACGAGGAAGUUUCGAUGUACGAUCAAUCGCAUCUGAUGGACUGAGGCGUACAAGUUUAGCUAAACUAACUUCGUUACCUUUAGAAGCACCUAUAACAAAGAUAAUAAAUUUACUAUCACAAGUACAGGAGAAUUGUUCAACAGAUGAGGCACGACUAAUUGAUAAGGUAAUGGAAUUCUUGAAACGUGAAGGAUUAUACAGCCCUCAAAUGAAGGAAAUUCGACCAGAUGAUCCGAUUGCUACCGAUCUUAUAGGUGCCCUUCUAACAGGGCCGAAUGUUUAUUCAUCUCGACGCAGCUCGAAUGACUCAAUUGUAAAGUCUGGUCGUCCCUGCAAUAGUACAAACACUCCUGGAAUAAUGCCAGCUAAAAUGAAGGCAACCCCUCUCAUUAUGGAAAUACUGGAAGAAUCUCUAAAUUGGGAAUUUAAUAUUUUUAAACUAGAAGACGUCACCGAAAGACAUCCACUUUUGUACUUGGGUAUGGAAAUAUUCAGGCGUUUCGAUGUUUUCUGUACCCUUGGUGUGGAUGAAUCCGUAUGUAAAAAUUGGUUGGCCUUAAUGGAAAGUCAUUAUCACGCCGAUAACUCCUACCACAACAGCACUCAUGCAGCGGACGUUAUGCAGGCAACUGGAGUUUUCAUAUCACAACUGGCUGCCAAAGACUUAGUUAUGGAUCGUUUGGAAGAGGCUACAGCAUUAAUUGCUGCCGUUGCCCAUGAUGUUGACCAUCCGGGACGUUCAUCAGCUUUUCUCUGUAACUCAAAUAGUCCACUGGCUAUAAUGUAUAACGAUUUAACCGUUCUCGAAUCACAUCAUGCAUCAACUACCUUUAGAUUGGCAUUAGCCGAUGACAACGUCAAUAUUUUUAAGAAUUUAGAUAAAGAUACUUACAAAUUGGCAAGAAGUACUAUUAUCGACAUGAUUUUGGCCACUGAAAUGACACGUCAUUUUGAACAUUUGGCCAAAUUUGUUAGUGUGUUUGGUUCUGAAGUCGAGCCCAGAGAUAUCGUACAAAGCGAAGAAGAAAGUUCAAUACUAAUGCGUCGUAUGCUUAUCAAAGUCGCCGAUGUUAGCAAUCCAGCCAGACCAAUGAUUUGUUGUAUCGAAUGGGCGCGACGUAUUGCCGAAGAAUAUUUUAUGCAAACUGACGAAGAGAAAGCUAAUGAUUUGCCAAUCGUCAUGCCAAUGUUUGAUCGUGCCACCUGUAGUAUACCAAAAAGUCAAAUUGGCUUCAUAGAAUACAUCAUACAGGACAUGAUGCAUGCCUGGGACAGUUUCAUCGAUAUGCCUGAAUUGAUUACAUACAUGCAGAUCAACUAUUCCCAAUGGAAGAAAUUCGAAGAGCAGGGUAUUCAUACACUCGCCGAAGUUAAGGCAAAGCAAAUGUCUCUUAUGAAUAAGAAAUCUGCUCUCAAAUAGCACAUGGCUUUUAAGAGACUCUUCUCGGGACUCCUAAAGCCCCAACCGCUACAUUUACAAUGUGCAUUUUCGAUUGGUGAACAUGAAAUAGAAGAAUAUGUUCAAAAAUAAAUCGCCUGCACGACUCAUUCAGACGCAAUCAGUUGUGCAAUCGAACAUGCUAAACAAAACUAAUGAAUAGACGAAUAAAAACAGCACGGCUACUAAAUGUGUCGCAAAAGUCAUACCUGCUCAAAAUUAAAAAAAAAGAAAAAAAAAACAUUUAAAUAAUAAGUUUCAAGCAAAGUGCUAAUAGUUAAUUAAUUGUACGUUCAUUUCGUGUUUUAAACAAAUUACUUACUUUUCCUCGACUACUUACAUAUGUAUGUAUAUUGUUUCUUCUUGCGUCCACAAUUACGACCUACUAAUGCUACUUAUCAUGUCCUGUCAUGUUAUGUCAUGCCGCCUUCCAAUAGGAUUUCGUAUUACAUUAUUUCCUUCUCACCUAAAUAUUAUAGUAUACAAUGCAUCAUCACAUCUAUUAAGGAAUUAACUCCAAUAAUCUUGUUUUGUGUGUUCGUUUGUACCUUCUUAUGUAUUUAUAUCAAGUCAAUUGGUCAAUUCACAAGGUCUCCUAUCAUGUCAUAUUGUUAUAAUGCCCUGAUAUUUCACAAUGUUGUUAUUGCAUUUCAAGCAAAAAAUGUCCUAAAAUAAUACUACUCUAUAUGCUAUGUUUAUUGUGUUUUCGUAACCAACCAGCAGAGACCUGCGCCAAACGCCUAAGAGUCGGUAAAGCCGAGCCGCAAAGUGGUGAAAUAGGACAUUAUGCCAAUAUGACUGAUAAGAGACCUUGUGAAUUGGCCAAAUGUUCUUAUUACUCGUAUCAUUUAAGAUAUUUACAGACGACAAUGUGUAUCAUACUACAAUUUAUUGUUUUUUUUUAUUUACAGACGGUAUUCAAACAUUUUUUUGAAACAAUUCAAAAACUUUUUAUUUUCAUAUGUAUCGGUUAUGUAUUUAUAUAUAAAACUUGCAGAAAACAUCAAUAAUUAACAAACAAAUAUUUUUAAUACUACCAUGUAAACAAGAAAUGUAUUUUUAAAAUGAUUUCUUGACAAACCGGCUAGAUUUAAUAAUAUUUUUAAUACGAAAAGUAUUAAUACACAGUAUUGUCAUCUGUAAAUACCUUUACAAGUAGUAUUCAAUAAUACAAUAAAAUACAAAACAUUUGUAUGUAUGUUAGUUAUCAGUUAUCAUUUAUCAGAACUUAAAAACAAUUUAAGAAUGAAACGAAUCAAUGAAAUCAAUCAAUUUAUAAACAAAUCUAAAAAGUGUAUAAUAUAAAAUAAUAUGCAGAAAAUUAAUUUAAAUUAUGUAUGUAUAUAUAGUAAAUGGAAAAGAAACGAUUUAAUUUCUCUCCAUGAAUUGUUUAAAGAAAUGUCUUCUAGAACGAACGGCAUAUUAAUGAUUUUUGUUUUCACUUUUGGGCUGGACUCAACUUUAAACUUUAACACACAAACACUUUUUUACUUAUAUGUAUGUAUGUAUCUAAGCCUUAAUACAUUUAAUAGUAAAUAUCUACAUAAAUAAAUAAAUUAAUUAAUAAAUAAAUAGUUGUUAUAAAAAUAAAUGAAAUAUACAUAAAUAUGCAUAUAUGCAUGUUUACAGUAGAACGAAACACAUGAGUAAAUGUUUCAAAUAAAUUUAGUCAAAUAUAUUUAUAUACUAUCCCAUAUGUAUGUAUGUCUCAAUGUAUGUAUGAAUGUAUUUAUUUGUAAAAAAAACAAAAAGAAAAAAUUAUUUUUAUUUUUACUAAUUGCUACAAAUAGUUAAAAUUCUAUUAAAUUAAUACGCACAAACAUAUUUACGUGGAUGUUUUUUUUUUUGUGAAUUUCGAGGAGUGCAGUUCGGAUUAUUGUGACACGUGAUUUAAAGUACAACACUGAAAAUUUGAGUCAAAUCAGAUAAACAAGGGUAAAAUUUGUUUUUUUCAGUUUAUAUACAGUUUUACAAAUUUUGGAAAUAAUUUGGUGUCAAAAUACGCCCAAUUUAUUAUAUAAAAAAUUCGAAAUUCGAAAUUAUGGAAAUACCAUGGCAGAUACCAAAAUUUUUGUUUUUCAUAAUUUAAUUUUUUUUAGAAAAAUAACAUAUGAACACACAAACAGCAAAGCAUAACUUAUACUAUGUUCACAUUUGCAGAGUUAAUCAUCUCAAACGUGAUUAAGCUCUAAUCACUUCUAAAUCGAGAUGAUUAUCCAUACAUUUAAAUGAUUUGUUAAUCACUUCAAAUUGACAUGAUUAAAUCUUAAUAACUUCAUUAAUCACGUAGGAUCAACUGAACAUACCUCAAACUGAUGAUGAUGUAGCAUCGGCCACCUUUUAGUGUAGUACCGAUAAAUAAAUUUUGACAGAAGUUUUCUCUUUUUUCCCUAAAAAACCUUAAAUAAUUCAUCAAUGUUCACAAUUUCAUUAUUAAAAUGUUUAAAAUAAUUUGCUGAUAUCUUUAAUAAAGUAUUUAUUUCCAUAUUUAAUGCCUUAAAGAAAUAUAAAUUUGUUUGUUGUUUUUUUAUUUGUCAACUUAAUCAUUUUAGUGUCAACUUAAUCAUCUCAAAUGUAAUGUGAACGGCUUUUUAAAUAAUACGUUUUGGCAAGUAAUAUACAAAAUUUAAAAUUAGGACAAAAUGCUUCUAUGUAUGUCGAUCCUGCGUGUAAUUUUAGAAGCUAGUUCACAAGACUUUGUCAGUUAUAAAAACAUUAUUGUUGGUAAACCCAAUUCAAUACGACUAACUUUCAUAUAGACAUAAACAACAUGACAUAAUUUCAUGGCGAUCAGUCCAUAAUUAGUCAUAGCUCCCAUAUAAUGCACUCUUCCGAAAAUCAUUCAUGAAAAUAAAUUAUUGAAAUUUAAAAAAAA